AUGUUAAGAUACAACAGAUACAUGUCAACUUACGAAGAGGAACACAACAUACGGGAGAACAGAACCCCAUCCCAACAACCAAGUCGGACACAUGAGACGUUAUCAAGCCGUCUUGAACAUUUCCUAGAGGGUAGAGAAAAUGGAACAACUACUCAACAGGGACAAGUGGAAUUGCUAGUUAGUGCUCUUAGAUCAUUAAACAAUGGAGAGUUUGGUGAUUCUUUAUUAGAUCAAUUAAACUCUGAGAAAGAUAUACAAGGUGUUCCUGAAGAAUUUAUAGAUUCUUUAGAUAGAGUCUCCAAGAAGAGUUUGAAAAAAGAUCAAACUUGUUCAAUCUGUACAAAUGAUUUUCUGGAUGAUCCACACCCUUUAGUUGUUAGACUACCUUGUGAUGGUAAUCAUAAAUUUGAUUUGGAAUGUAUUUCACCUUGGUUAAAAGUUCAUUCAACUUGUCCAUUAUGCCGUAAAAAUCUGUUGGAUAGAAAGAAAUUUGAUGAUUUACCAGAAGAUGAUGAAGAAGUGGAAGAAGGAUGGGAUAUAUACGGUUGA